GCGUAAGGGCAGACGACGUUGGCGCUUGUGUUGAUUUUCAGAAUUUUCCAGAACAGUAUUGCACUUAGAUUUAAAUAACAAACUGGCUUUUCUAUACGGACUUCGUUGCUUAGUGAAUGGAAUAUUGAUAUUAUUUUGAUUUAAAUAAUAAACUUUAGCUUUUCUUUUCGGACUUCGUUGCUUACUGAAUGGAAUAUUGAUAUUAUUUUGAUUUAAAUAAUAAACUUUGGCUUUUCUUUUCGGACUUCGUUGCUUACUGAAUGGAAUAUUGAUAUUAUUUUGAUUUAAAUAAUAAACUUUGGCUUUUCUAUUCGGACUUCGUUGCUUACUGAAGGGAAUAUUGAUAUUAUUUUGAUUUAAAUAAUAAACUUUGGCUUUUCUUUUCGGACUUCGUUACUUACUGAAUGGAAUAUUGAUAUUAUCUUGAAUUAAAUAAUAAACUUUGGCUUUUCUAUUCGGACUUCGUUGCUUAGUGAAUGGAAUAUUGGUAUUAUUUUGGGAAUAGAAGUAUAUACGUUAUACCUAAACAAAAUGAAUAAUAUCAUAGCUAAAAGAGGGAAACUCAGUCAAUUUUCUAACAUUUUUACCCAGCCCCGGCAGCAAUGUUUCGGGAUGGCUGUCGCGGCAGUAAUUUACGGCACGGCUCAUGGAAUUACUUUUGCGAAUUUUCAUAUAGAUGAAUUACUAACAUCCGGCGAUACCUACUAUAUAGGUCUUGUUUACAAAAAAUGCGGAGCACGAAUUUACAUGAUCAACUGUGCUCCGACGAUUUAUUAUCGCCUAUAUAUAUUUUAGGAAAGGUAUUCCAUGUAGAAAAAUGUGAUUUAGCGGAUGAAAUCACCAAAUCCUAUAGAGAUAGAACACUGCAGAAUGAGGCUCUGAUGGCCCUCCGGGAGGCUUUUGCCGACGAACAUGGAGGUGGUUUUACUUUUACCACUCAGGGGAUGACGGUAGGCGUCUGGAAACGGGAAGGGGAGUAUUUUCUUUUCGAUUCCCAUUCUGUAGAUAUUAGUCAUCGGUUGGUAGAUUACCAGUCAGGGGCUGCAUAUUUGUAUAAAACCACGUCAAUUGAACAGCUUGCUACUUUGCUGUGCGGAAUUUACAGAAACAAUGUAGGUCCUGACUGGCUUCAAAUGGUCAGAGUUUUUGGAAACCCAAUAUUUACACGGCCUAAUGAUGCAAUUUUGAUGUCCUUUGCUGAGUCACGUAGGAGGCAGCGACCCCUGCCUGGGGCCUUGCCUUCACCCUUGAUUCCUCCAGUUAUAGUAUCUUUGUCGGAAUCAGACAAUGCAUCUGCGUCAUCCCAGCGUAAAAAGCCCAAACCAACUCCAAAAAAAAAAACUGCCGCAAUGAAGGCUAAGGAAACUGCACAAAAACGGCUUAAUGAGACCCCAGAGCAGACAGCCGAGCGCCUUAAUAAAAAUAAGGCACGUAAGUCAUUUAGAAUAACUGCGGAGACAGAAGAGGAAAAGGAACAGCGUCUUAAUACAGAUAAAGAACGUAAGUCUUCUAGAAGGAAUAUGGAGACGGAGGAGGAAAGGGGAGACCGUUUAUUAAAAAUGAAAAUUUGCACAACGUCUGCUAGGACUAGCUGUACUUUACAGACUGACCAGCGUGUAAAGGAAAAUAAGCCACAUGUGACUUUGUUUGAUUAUUUUCAGAGAGACUUUGAUUGGGAUAUUUGUUUAGAGUGUUCGGAACGGUUUCCUGGUCUUCAAAUAAAAUCAGGGUCUUGUAUUCGUUGCUUAAAAUACCGAGGGGGUGAUAAAGUUAACCCAUUUUCUGCAACGAACUACAUGGAUCCAGGGGAAGUUCCACCAGUCCUAAAGGAUCUCUCAAUGGUGGAGGAACAGAUAAUAGCUAAAAUCCAUCCUGUUAUAUCUGUUUAUCGCAUAAAAGGUCAACAGUUAGGGUACUCAGGUCAGGUUAUAAAUUUCCCACAGGAGGUUUCUGACAUUGCAAACAAAUUGCCCAGAGCGGUUUCUACUUUGUCCUCUAUUCUUAUAGUCAGACAAGAAAAAUCAUCUGGCUAUGUUGAUUUUAGAGUUCGUAGGGAUAAAGUUAGGUCAGCAUUGGAGUAUCUCAAAGUAAAUAAUAGAUAUUAUCGGGACAUUGAGAUUGAUGUUAAUGCUCUAAAUGAUAUACCUGUGGACGGAUCGCUGAUAGACGUAAUUCCACAAACAUUUACCGGACUCGCCGAUGAUCAGGUGGACAAAGACGAAGCGUGUGAAGUAAUGACUACUGACGUUCCCAAUUUUAUAAUUAAUGAGAAAAAGGGUCAAAUUAAAAGCGUACUCGAGGAUGACCCCGAGGUUGUUGCUUGGCCCAAACUGGGGAAUGAGCCAGUUAAUGAAUUCUCAACUGUGGGUUACAUAGCUAUGGCUUUUCCGACCCUGUUUCCUUAUGGCAGUGCCGAUUUGCGUGAGCCUAGACUGAUAAAGGUAACCCCCAGUGAUUAUUUCCAGCAUCUAAUCAAGUAUAAAGAUGGUAGGUUUGCGAAACAUCCGCGUUUUCGUUUUUUUGCAAUGAAUAGUUCGCUAAGAUGGGCUGCUCUUCAGAAUGGGAAGAUCUGCGUUCAGAAAAAUUCAGAACUUCAAAAUCUUACUGCAGCUGGCAUUAAAGAGAGGGCUGAUUUUUUCAUAAAAUCAGUUAUAAUCCCCAAGUUUAAUGUUCGAGACUUUUGGUAUCGGACUGAGUUCCAACAUCGGGGUAGCCCGCACAUACACGGGGAAAGGACUCACCUCAGCAAGAGUAAUGGGCAUUGGGAAUUGAUAACAAAACGCAAUCACGAAUUGGUGAAUAGGCAUAACAGAUACAUAACGGAGCACUGGAGAGCUAACACCGACGUUCAAGCUAUUCUCAGUUAUAACGCGGUAUUGAACUAUAUAGCUAAAUACGCUAGCAAAGCUGAGCCCUGCUCAAAAACCCUAGAAGUCUUGCUGGGCGAGUCCCUUAAAAACGAAGAAGACGCGGCAAAAACAGUUGUCCAGAAACUAUUUAUCCGCAUGAUCGCAGAAAGGGACUUUUCGGCCCAAGAGACUGCUCAAAUUUUAAUGAGUUGGCCUCUUUAUCAUUGCUCAAGAGUAUUUGUCACAAUUAAUGUUCAUAAAAAGCAAUGGGUGCCAAUGGAGAGUACCAAUGCUCAGGCGACGUCUCUUAAUUCUCCCUAUGACGUGUAUCAUUUGCGUCCAAAGGAACAAGAGACUAUGUCUCUGUUUGAGCACGCGUCCAAGUUCUACAAAAAAGGGGAAAAUUGGGUCAAAAGAAGAACAUCAUGUAUAGUUAGAGUGUUCCCCAAGCUUCGCACAGAUCAAGGAGAGGCAUAUUUUCGACAACAAGUUCUCAUCCAUGUGCCGUGGAGAUCGGUAGAAGCCUUGAGUAAUCAAGGGUCGUGGGAACGGUUAUAUCACCGUCUGGUGGAAAAGCCUAAUGAUAUUUUAGUCCUACCUCGAGUUGAAGAAGAGUACGAAAAUGUUGAGAAUGAUGACGAGGCUCGUGAUGUAGCGGAGGAGUGGAUGGUGGUAGCAGCUAUGGGUCCCACUGGCGAAUUAGGACUCGAAGUGGAAAUGGGACUAAGAGAAAUUGAUACAAAUCAUUCAUGGGCAGAUGCAUUUGAGAAAUUCAACGACCCAUUGAGCUUGCCUGGAUUUAUUACAUUGGAAAAGUUAAAGGACUGCGUCGAGAAUGAAAUUUGGGAAGAUCCAAAAGUAACAUUUUCCAAUAACAUAACGGGGCGACUCACGAACGUACUCUCCAAUGCCGUUGGCAACGUUUUUACCAACGCGUUCAGCUUCGGCCAAUCCGGAAGCUCUGCGUCAGGCCCCAGCCAAUUAACAAGCUUCGCAGCACCCGACCUCAGCCAAUCAGGAGGCGGGAUACCAGCACAGCUGCCGCCGGCAACAGACGCACAAACCGCACAAAUAGGGGAAGCUGAGAAAGGAACCGUAGAAACUACUCAAAAUGCUGAAACUGAACUAACUGAAACUACGCAAAAUGCUGAAACGGAAUUAACUGAAGCUACGCAAAAUGCUGAAACGCAAUUAACUGAAGCUACGCAAAAUGCUGGAACGGAAUUAACUGAAGCUACUCAAAAUGCUGGAACGGAAUUAACUGAAGCUACUCAAAAUGCUGAAACAGAAUUUACUGAAGCUACGCAAAAUGCUGAAACAGAAUUAACUGAAGCUACUCAAAAUGCUGAAACAGAAUUUACUGAAGCUACGCAAAAUGCUGAAACAGAAUUAACUGAAACUACUCAAAAUGCUGAAGCUGAGAAAAAAGAAAGCGAAGCAUCGCUAGUCGAGGAAAAACACAGCGAAGCAUCGCUAGUCGAGGAAAAACACAGCGAAGCAUCGGUAGUCGAGGAAAAACACAGCGAAGCAUCGGUAGUCGAGGAAAAACAGAGCGAAGCAUCGCUAGUCGAGGAAAAGGAGAGCGAAGCAUCGGUAGUCGAGGAAAAACAGAGCGAAGCAUCGCUAGUCGAGGAAAAGGAGAGCGAAGCAUCGCUAGACGAGGAAAAUAAAUGA